UUCAAGGAACACUAUGGCGGCCGUGGCAAAGUUUUCGCCGCCCGUAUGAGAAAUUCGUGUUCGUCGAUUUAAUAUUUCACGGUAAACGUUAAUAGUACAGUAACCCUGUUCGGGUUACGUAGCCAAGACCGCGAGUGAAUAUUUGUUCGUGUUUUAACACGUUGAAACAGACCGAUGCGGGUCGCGCGCAAUUUUUGUAGCGCAAAUCAUGACUUCGAUGUUAUCCAGCUUUAACCCGCCUAUCGUUAAACGAUUGUUGGGUUGGAAGAAAGCCGAAGGAGAAGACAAAUGGAGUGAAAAAGCUGUUAAAAGCCUCGUUAAAAAAUUGAAAAAAUCCACUGGCCUCGAGGAACUCGAGAAGGCCAUUACUACACAAAGUUGCAACACUAAGUGCAUUACUAUACCAAGGCCUAGCCCGGGCGGUGUCGGCGACAACGGUGUCCAAGGAGUACGCGGCAAAGGCCUGCCGCACGUGAUCUACUGUCGUCUUUGGCGUUGGCCGGAUUUGCAGUCGCACCACGAGCUGAGAGCAAUCGAGCAUUGCGAGUACGCGUUCACGCAGAAGCGGGACGAAGUCUGCGUGAAUCCGUACCACUAUCAACGAAUACAAACGCCAGUUUUGCCAGCUAUCCUCGUACCGCGGCACAGUUUAGCCGGGGACGAGUCCGUCCUUUACAACACCUCCCUCGAGGAGUUGAGCGUCAGCGUGCCGGAGAACACCAACUUCCACGCUACCUUGAACCAUCAGCACCAUAAUCAGCAGAGUAUACCGCAAUCACCGCAGCAACAGCAACAACCGCAGCAGCAACAGCAGCAACAGCAACCGACGAACAAUCCCUAUCAAGGAAUGCAAGGUAUGCAAGCAACGAGUCCGGCCAGUGUCGGUAGUUUAGGAAGCGUUCAGGGUUCGCCGCAUCCGGCGCCGGGAUCCAUGGAUCCUCCUGCCGAUACUCCUCCUCCAGGCUACAUAAGCGAAGAUGGCGAUAACAUGGAUCACAACGACAAUAUGUCUCUGUCUCGUUUGUCUCCCAGCCCCGUAGACGCACAACCAGUUAUGUACUGCGAGCCAGCUUUCUGGUGUUCGAUAAGUUACUACGAACUGAAUACGAGAGUGGGCGAAACGUUCCACGCGUCCCAGCCCAGCAUCACGGUAGAUGGAUUUACCGAUCCAAGUAACUCCGAACGCUUUUGUCUGGGAUUACUGUCGAACGUGAACCGUAACACUGUAGUCGAACAGACGAGACGACAUAUCGGUAAAGGAGCCAGACUGUACUACAUCGGUGGAGAAGUGUUCGCAGAAUGUUUGUCUGAUUCGAGCAUCUUCGUUCAAAGUCCUAAUUGCAAUCAACGCUACGGUUGGCAUCCGGCUACCGUUUGUAAAAUACCACCCGGCUGCAACUUGAAGAUAUUUAACAACCAGGAAUUCGCUGCUUUGUUGUCGCAAUCGGUUUCCCAAGGGUUCGAGGCGGUGUACCAACUGACUCGUAUGUGCACGAUUAGAAUGAGUUUCGUGAAAGGUUGGGGAGCGGCGUAUCGCAGGCAGACCGUGACAUCGACUCCCUGUUGGAUCGAAUUGCAUUUAAACGGUCCUUUACAAUGGCUCGAUAGGGUACUCACGCAGAUGGGCUCACCGCGUUUACCCUGUUCUUCGAUGUCAUAAGAUCGUAUGCCUUUCUCCUUCGUGGAUGCGGGGGAAAAACACGAACACGGAAAGAAGAAGAGCUAUUCGCACGCUGUUGUUGUCAUCGUCGAUUGGUUUCCCUUAUCGCGAGUUCACACUUUCGUUCGAAUCUUCUGCAAUAAUCAGCCAGUGAAAAACAGUGCAAAAAGAAGAAAAAAAAAAAAAAGAAA